AUGUCUCUCCUCCCAGAGCCUUUCGCUAGCAUCCCGAGGGAAUCCUUCCUCUUCGGCCCCUCUCCCAUUGAGCCCCUCCCCCGCAUAUCCGCUGCUUUGGGUGGUAAGGUCAAUGUUUAUGCGAAGCGUGAGGACUGCAACUCUGGUCUAGCCUACGGCGGUAACAAGACCCGCAAGCUUGAAUAUCUUGCUUCUGAUGCUCUCGCCCAAGGUUGCGAUACCCUCGUCAGCAUCGGUGGUGUCCAAUCCAACCACACCCGUCAGGUGACGGCUGUCGCCGCCAAGCUCGGCCUCAAGGCCGCCCUUGUGCAGGAGAAGUGGGUUGACUGGGAGGACCCUGUCUACGACAAGGUCGGCAACCUCCAGCUGUCCCGCCUCAUGGGUGCCGAUGUCCGUCUGGACCCCUCCAAGUUCGGUAUUGAGCACAAGAACACCCUCGCCUCUCUCAAGGAAGAGCUCCAGGCCGCCGGCCGCAAGCCGUACUACAUCCCUGCCGGUGCCUCCGACCACCCUCUUGGCGGUCUUGGUUUUGCCCGCUGGGCAUUCGAGGUCGAGGCUCAGGAGAAGGAGCUGGGCGUCUUCUUUGACACCAUCAUCGUCUGCGCCGUUACCGGAUCCACCAUGGCUGGUAUGGUCGCCGGCUUCAAGCUCGCGGAGAAGAAUGGCUCGCGCAAGCGCAAGGUUAUCGGUAUCGAUGCCUCUGCCACAGUAAAGCAGACUUUCGACCAGGUGCUGCGCAUCGCGAAGAACACUGGUGUCAAGAUCGGUCUUGAGGAGGGUGACAUCACUGAGGCGGACAUUAUCCUGGAUGACCGCUUCCACGGCGGCAUCUACGGUGUUCCCGACCAGGUUACCAUUGACGCCAUCAAGUUUGGCGCCAGCACCGAGGGCUUCAUCACGGACCCCGUCUACGAGGGAAAGAGUCUGGCGGGCAUGAUGGCCCUGAUUAAGAACGAGGAGAUCCCCGCAGGGAGCAAUGUCUUGUAUGCCCAUCUGGGUGGCCAGCUGGCGCUGAACGCCUACUCCGGCAUGUAA